AUUUAAUUUUGAAGAUGAAACGCCGACAACACACUUUGACACAUUCCCAGCAGCCAUUCUCACCGUGUUCCAGAUCCUCACUGGGGAGGACUGGAACGCAGUCAUGUACCAUGGGAUCGAAUCCCAGGGGGGCGUUAAAGGGGGGAUGUUCACCUCCAUUUAUUUCAUCAUUCUCACUCUCUUUGGAAACUACACGCUGCUCAACGUUUUCUUGGCCAUCGCUGUGGAUAACCUGGCCAAUGCCCAGGAGCUCACUAAGGAUGAAGAGGAGCAAGAGGAGGCCAUCAAUAAGAAGCUCACACUCCAGAAGACAAAGGAGGGGAAGGAGGUCAGCCCCAUGUCAGCCACCAACAUCUCCAUCACAUCGUGAGUCCACUCCUCUGAAGU